GAACAGAGUCGCCGUAGAUUCAGUCCGAUUUGGAAGUGCAGAAAUUUUGUAGUGUCUGAUCAGUAGAGAAUUUUUUAAACAAAAUAAAAGUGUUAUUAAAAUAAAGGUUAUUAUACAUUCACAGUUGCAAAAACGUGCAGAGUGUAAUUGGCUUAAGAGAAAAUUGUUAUCGUGCGUUUAUUGGCAGAUGUGUUCGUUUAAUUUUCCUGUAUCGUGUAUUUAAUUCGAAAACUUUUAUACGGCGUUUUAUUUACAAUGUUGGGUUUGUUUAAGGUUAACGUUUAGCUUGAAGAAGUUAAUUUUGUGAUUGAUUUGUGUAAUUUUUAAUGCCAAGAUUAAAAAUAUAAAUCAAUUUUGUGGCGUGUAAGCUACCAAAAAAAGUAAAAUAAAACAACAGCAGACUAAGCGGAAAAGAAGAAAAGAAAAUGAAAGAAAAUUGAGCACACAGUUUAUUUUGUAUCUCUCGUUGAAGUGUAAAAGAGUCGGGAAAAAUUGAGUUAGAUACAUUUAUUUCAAAAGUUUCAAUAUAUUUCUAAUAAAAUACUAUCCUAAAGUAGACAACUUGGUUUUGUCUAAACAAAUAACAAAGACGUGAAUUGCCUGGUAAAAAAAGGAGUGUCGUUUGUUGCAGGGGAAAACUGCUAAGGAAAGCAAAACAAAACGGAAUGCGAGAAAAAUAAAUGGAAGACAAACAAAAAUAAAGAGUUUUCGCACAAUAGUACGUGAAGCUAAUUGCGCAACGCUGGCUUAUUUGGACAGCAAUAAAACGGCACGUACAUACACAUAACCACUGUAUCAGUAGCUACAACAACCACACCGCAGAGAAGACACUUGACUAUUAUGCAUUGACAAAAGUAUGGACUCAGUACAUAUGACGCGUACUGCUGGUGGUAGUGGUACACAAUUAUCGUCAUUACUCUCAACCUCAACAGCAGCAACAGCAACAGCAACGAAUAGUGCCGCAACAACGCCAGCGAAAGAUCAUCAUAAUAACAAUUUGUUGUUGCUAAGUCGAGUCGCAGGAAGCGGACAGUUGCGCACAAGUAGAUCUCCAUCAGACACACGCAGUUCCGAACAAAUGUCACGUGAGCGAAGUAAUCGCGGUGAUAGCACCGAUUCGGCGGGCCAGCACGACCGUUUGGCUUUCAGCGGCACAGCGUUAUCAGCGGUGACGUCCUCAACGGCCGGAUCGACGGUGGUCGGCACCACCGGCACACUGGGCGGCGCCGGCGCAUCGGGUACCUCGCUCGCGACCACCACAUCGACGGGCGGUGUCAGCAGUUACGGCAGCAGCACUAUGACCGGUUGUAUCGGCAGCGGCAACAGUGGCGCCACUGUCGCCACAUUUCGCGGCUUCCGUAGCCACUCGCCGUCGAGUCGACGCAGUCGCGAACGCAGCCGGCGCGAGUUCCAGCGCACACAUGGCUCCGAUCAGGGCGGUCUAUUGGCCUACAGCGGUCUGAGCGGUUUAAGUAUUGGCGGAAUCAGCAGUGGUGGUGUUGGCAUCGGUGCGGGGGGCGUCAGCGGCGGCGGCUUCAUAGUGGGCGGUGGUGAUGGUAGCACACUGGAUGGUAUGGGUGGCAUUGGCGCCGAGGAUUCGCGUCUUUCAGGCAACGAGGAUCUCUGCUAUCAGUCGUUCGCUUCCGACGAACAGGAUGGCACACAAGUGGGCGCGGAUGGCAGCAAGAAACACCAUCGCCGACAUGAACGUACCUCCAGCCUGCAAGCGCUCGAUCGUCUCAACACGAAAAUCCAAUGUACAAAAGAGUCCAUACGGAAGGAACAAACAGCCCGAGAUGAUAACGUGAAUGAGUAUUUGAAGUUGGCGGCCAGUGCUGAUAAGCAGCAAUUACAGCGAAUAAAGGCCGUCUUCGAGAAGAAAAACCAGAAAAGCGCACACAGUAUCUCACAGCUACAAAAGAAACUUGACAACUACACGAAGCGAGCGAAAGAUCUAACCAACCAUCAAUUCGCGAAUAAAAGUCAGCAUCGCCAGCCGCGCGAAGUGUUACGAGAUGUGGGCCAGGGCUUGAGAAAUGUCGGUGGCAAUAUACGCGACGGUAUUACCGGCUUUUCUGGUUCGGUGAUGUCUAAGCCGCGUGAAUUCGCACAUUUAAUUAAGAACAAAUUCGGUAGCGCCGAUAAUAUUAAUCAAAUGUCAGAAACUGAAAUCAACAACAUUAACAUGCCCGUCAAUGCUGAACUGAUUGGCAGUUCGACGCCGAGUAAUAACAUAGCGGCCACAUCCACCGGUUCGGGUAACACUGGUGGCGCGGGUAGCGGUAAAUUUAAUAGCGAUAACGGUAGUGAAUGCAGCAGCGUCACCAGCGAGAGCAUACCAGCCGGCUCUGGCAAGAGUCAAUCGGGCGCGAGUCAAUAUCAUCUUGUGCUCAAAUCGCUUUUAACCGAAUUGGCUGAGCGAAAAGAUGAAAUCGAAAAACUAAAAGAACGUGUUGAAAGACUAGAGACUGCACAAAAGGAAUUAAACAGUUUAACUGCAACGCUAGAAGGUGAACGGUACCGCGCCGAAAGUUUAGAGGAGCAAAUUAACGAUUUAACCGAACUGCAUCAGAAUGAAAUCGAAAACCUAAAGCAAACAAUUGCCGAUAUGGAGGAAAAGGUGCAAUAUCAAAGUGAUGAGCGACUGCGCGACGUUAAUGAAGUACUGGAAAAUUGCCAAACGCGGAUAUCCAAAAUGGAACAUUUAUCACAACAACAGUACGUUACCGUCGAGGGUAUAGACAAUUCGAAUGCACGAGCGCUCGUCGUCAAGCUCAUUAAUGUCGUUUUAACUGUAUUACAAGUGGUGUUGUUAUUGGUAGCGACGGCAGCAGGCAUUAUAAUGCCGUUCUUGAAGACGAGAGUGCGCGUGCUGACGACAUUCUUAUUCAUAUUCUUCAUUAUAUUUGUGAUACGACAAUGGCCGGAUGUGCAAGACAUCGGCGCUGGACUGAUGCGACACUUAAAGGAAUCACUGGUGGUCAAAUGAAGUAUGUAAAUGGCGCGCUUGUAAGCAAACAAAGCAUAAACGUAGACAUAAGCACACAAUGAAAGUGAAAUGCGGAAUGCAGAAAGCAGAAAUACAUAUGCUGGCAGCAGAUAGUAACGGCAGCAAUACAUCUGUAUAUGCGCGGGUGAAUGUAGCAGCAAUUAGUUAUACAAAUUUUGUUAAUUUUGAUUAGCUGUUAGUGUCAUUAGAGAAAUAUGGAAAACAAUAUGCAAAUAAAUUACAAUGUUAAAUACUAUUAUAUAAUAUAAUAAUACAUACAUAUAUCUAGAGAGUAACGCUAUAAAUUAGGCCUAAAGCACCCGUCUUGUAUAGCUGCACUCUACUGGAAGCGUGGUUUAAUGUGAGGUGCGCGUCUAGCAAAGAUUUACACGUGUGACAUAUUAAACUAUAGUAUAUUAAUUUCCUGUUUAAGUACAUACAAUAUUAGCGCCACUACAAAUUUAAGAGAAAAUACUCAUGUAUAAUUGGAAUUUCUUUGAAAUACAGCUAAUACGAACAUAAAGUUGAUUUACAAGCGGGUUAGUUACAGUUUUUGUGGGAAAUGUUAAAUUUAGUCGGAUAUACAUGGACAUUUACACACACUUUGACAUUGAUUUUAAAAAUAAUGACUCAAUUUCCACUGUUUCACUAUGCGUUUAGUUUAGUUUUAUACUCAUAUGCGCUCAUUUGUAUGCCACAAUCACACACACACACACACAUUGCAAAAUUGAACCUAUUUUAGGUGAAGCUUAAGCUUUAAAUGUUCUUCUGCCAUUUUUUAAUAUCUCAAAUAUUUUUUAAACAGUCUAAAAUGCAUUUUUGCUCCAACAACAAUAACCUCCAUAAACCUUUGUUCUGUAAUGUAAUGAUAACAACAAAGUUUUGAAGUUGUAGAUUGAAAACUUUCUAAGAUACCUUAUAUACAUUUACUAAUUCUAAAAUUCUUUUCAAAUAUGUACCACGCCAUAUUCAGCCUACGUUUUUCAAACAAGCAUAAAUAUAAAAAUAGAAAAUAUCUAACUAUAAAUUUCAAUUGCCAAAAAACUUAUUUUAAAAAAUAUUAAUUAUUAAAUCAGUGUUUCAAAUUCUGAAACAGUCACUUUAAAAGCAAUUUCAAAAAUAAUUUUUUAAAUAUUAAUAUAAUAUACAGUUUAUACAAGAGUUUUGAAAUUCGAAAAUUCGUUUGAUUUUCAAGGGAAUAUGGUAAAAGUGGAAGCAAAUACUAAAAAACUGUUGAACAAGAUUUCUAUAAUAUUUUUUAAACAUAAAUGUAAUAUAUAAAAUACCAUAUAAAUACCGUAUAUAACAAUAUAAUAUAUUAAAUACUAAUAAUUUAUUUCUAAAAAUGUACUUGAAUUUAAUUUUUUUAGCAUAUGCUUUCUUUUUAAGUAUAUUCUAUUCGAAAACCAAAUGAAUUUGGGUAUUUCAAAACUUGUUGCUAAAUUUCGCUGCAAUAAAAUAAAAUAAUACAUAAAACCUCCUAACUUCAAUAGAGAAACAAAUUGUUAAAAUAUCUCAAUUCUAGCUCGCAUAGUGUAGUGUUGUUUUUUUUUUUUUUUUUGAUAUUUACAA